GACUGUCACUUAGUAUUGGGUUAGGUCAGCCCGUGGUAACGUCGAUGUUCGUAGUUAUUUCCUUCCAAUUGAACGUUCGCCCGCUUAUUGUUUAUAAUAGAAAAGUAAUAACGACUCGCCUCGGCUGUUUCAGUUGUUUAUUUUUUUUUUAUUUUUCGUUUACUCGGUUUAAGUUUCACGAUCGUACAUGUACUUUCUCAAUGGAUGGGUAAAAAAAGAAAAAGAAAAAAAAAGAAAACGGAAAGGAUUCGCUCGUUCGUAGUUCCUCUUCUCAAGAUUUAUAAAGAAGAUUUAAUAUACGUCUAAUCGUAUCUACUGGAAUAAGGAAAAACCCACGAGGAUUGCGUAUAAGACAACAAUUGUGGUUUCCCGCGCACGAUUUUUUUUAACUGUUCCAAGUUCGAUAAGGAAAAGAGAUCACCAAGAGGAAAACAGAUCAAAACAUUCGUCGCUAACGCUCGCGAGAUAUCUUUAUUUCUUUCCUUUUCUCGUUUUCAAUCUUUCUCUCUUUUCCAAUUGAUCUCUUUCUUUCUUUUCGUUGGUGCAGUGCCACGUAUCUAUUUUCGAUCUUCUUCGUCGCAAGUGAUAACAUUGUGCGGGGGAGUGGAUGGAGUGUCUAAGUGAAACCACGUAUCACGGAUCGUAGAAUGGCACUGUCUUAUCUGCAGGAGGCACAGGUUAAUGCAGGACUUCUGGCUGGAGAACAUCUCGACAUGAAGCAAGAAUCGGAGAAACAACCGCUCUCACCACCUUUGCACAAUAACAAUAACAACAAUAACACGUCGUCGACGAUGUUCUCGGGGAUGGGUGCUGCAGCAGCAGGAUUGUCGAUGUUGACUCCUCAACAAUUAUUGGCCGCCAGUCGAACGGCAGCUCUAAUGGCAGCCGGCAUUCCUGUUUCACUACAUGCAACCUUAGCGGCGAGUCCAUCCCUCUAUCAACAUCAUCAGACUCUCUUCGGAGGGUGGGCGCCACCCGCAGCUUCCUCACCUCCUUCGCCUCUUCAUCACUCGCCUGGUUCGGUUUCGUCAGCUCUUGCCACGACAAAAUCCUCUUCCCGCCGCUCUAGUUCCGGUAAUACGAAUAAUAAUAAUAAUAACAAUAAUAACAACGUCGUGAGCAGUAGCGCGGAUAGAAUCAGUAAUAAAAAGAGUCAAGCGACGAAGAGAAAGUCAACGAAGGUGGCAAAGACGGAGAGCAACGUUCAAAAUUCGUUGGAGAGCGUGGCGCCACUUAGCCCACCUACGUCAAUCAGCCCGGAGGCGGGAAAAGAUGGAAGGGACAAGGUCUUCACCUGUGGCGUGUGUUCGAGAUCUUUUGGUUACAAACACGUGUUACAAAAUCACGAGCGCACGCACACAGGUGAGAAGCCGUUUGAGUGUCCGGAAUGUCAUAAAAGAUUUACUCGAGAUCAUCACCUGAAGACGCACAUGAGACUGCAUACCGGUGAGAAACCGUAUCACUGCAGCCAUUGCGAUCGUCAGUUCGUCCAAGUAGCCAAUCUCCGUCGUCACUUGCGUGUACAUACGGGUGAACGUCCGUACGCGUGCGAACUCUGUUCGGCCAAGUUCAGCGAUUCGAAUCAACUCAAGGCACAUUCUUUGAUUCAUAAAGGCGAAAAACCAUUCGAGUGUGAACAUUGUCAGAUGCGUUUUCGAAGAAGGCAUCAUCUGAUGCAUCACAAGUGCGGUACUAGCAGUACGAUGGUUGGAGGACAGGGGUCGAGGUCACGAGUCGCAUCGCCGUCCGUAGCUAGCGAUGAUCUCGAAGACGAUAUCGAUAUCGAUAUCGACGUGGACAUCGACAUGGACGAAGUUGAAUCGACGACAAUGGUGACGACGACUACGAUGGCGACGACAACGACGAACACAGCCACGACGACGACUAUGACAACAACGACGACUGUAACGACGUUGCCCCAAAGAAAGAGUUUGACCACGCCCAUCGCUAAGAGGUCGACUCAUCGACAACGUCAACAGCAACUACAGAGUUCGGUAAUCGAUCCGGCUGUUUCAUUACCGAUCAAUCUAUCCGGUAUACCAAUCGACUUACCGGAACAAACCGAACCGGAAGAUCUUUCAAUGUCUACAGGGAUGCAAAGAGUAAUCUGCAUGUCUUGAAAUAGCGACAAAUUGAAUUGAAUUCGAUCAAGCGAUAAUUUCAAAAUUGAAUAUAUGAAAAACGAAAAUCGACUUCUUUUGGCAAAGGGAGCACAAAUUUAGGCGUUUCAAGUGUAUAUAGUACGCCGUUAUAAUACGUUCACGUUCAUGUUCACGUUGUCCCGAAUAUUUCUUUUAUGUAUAUACGAAGAAAUAUCGCGUCGUUCUAACCGAACAUGAUCUCAUAACGUGAUUUCCAACGGUACUUGCACGAUAACACGUUCCUUCUUCUUAGUUACUUCGCUCAAUUAUGUGAUUGAAUCGUUGAAAAAAGGGCUGGUCUCUUUCUUUCAGUCGAGAGAGCGUGUAGAAACGUUAUAUCCUUACGAAACUUGUACAUAAGAAACAAAUUCGUUAAGUCGCCUUCUUUUAUGGCGUUAUGAUACACGCUUCUCCUUCGUACCAAUAGAGAGAAAAAAACGGAGGUAUAUACACCUAAGCUCUCGUUUAUAAAUUCAUUUCUAGAUGAAAUCUUGUCGUCGAGGGUCUUGGAGUGUUUUCUACAUAUGCUGCGUAUAUGUAUAUUAUAUGUAUAUAUAUAUGUGUGUGUAUAUGUAUACUUAUAUGUGUAUAUAUAUGUAUAUUAUAUAUAUAUCUACAAUGAACUCCAUGAAACUCAGGGGUGUAUUUUACCUUUUGUCAGGUUACGAGGUCGAAACUCGCCGAUCUCUUUCGCUAUUCUACAUAUUCUUCUCUUUUUGUUCCGACGAUCAAAAAGAGGUAUUGUUUUCUUUUUUCUUUUCUUCUUUUUUUCUUUUUUCUUUCUUUUUCCUUUUUUCUUUUUUUUUAGUUUAUCACACUAUCCUAUAAAAGAGGAUAAAAAUAAAAUAGAGUUAAAAGAACUAUUUUCCCCUCGAGUAAGUAUAUAGAGACUAUUUUUGCGGAAUCGUCAGGUUUCCCGUUGAGGCCGAUCUCACAAGAUGGGUCGAAACACGUGUAGCGGGCACGAGGGAUAGAAGAAAAUGAACGAAGAAACGACUCUCUAAACGUCCAACGUGAAUAACGAGAGAAAACUGCGAACGACCUCAGGCCUUCGUAAAAUCUACACUUUUAGGAGAAAGUGUAACAGCCGAGGGAUGAAAUGGAGUACAAAAGGAUGCUCCUUUUUCGAAAGUAGGUGACUAAAAAUUUGCUCUCGAUCUUUUAAACCGAGAGAGAAUGCAUAUUUCAGUAUCUUUAAUUUCACAAAUGUUCGUUUCCAUUACGUAUGUGUUUAGUACGAUAUUAAUUAGUAUUAUGUAUAGCAAAAUCGUACGAUAGUAUACAUAAAAUAAAUAUGUAGAAAGGGAGAAGAGUAUUGAUUUCAAAAUGAAAAUCAAUAUAAUCGAGAUAUCGGUUAGAUAUUAUCGUCAAAUUUUCCUGCCUGCAAAGUAUUCGCGUAUUAUCGAUCCUCUUGAUAGUUCCCGCAUCCUCACGAAACAACUAAUCCGUCUUUGAAUGCCGCGGCACGAGUCGGAGGGUGGUUAGAGGAGGGUUGAACGAGAAAAAGAGAGGAGUAGGGAGAGAACAACGACAAAGUCGUAAAGGAGAAGAACAGAAAUCUCGAUCGUAUUCGAUGGUGCGCGAGGGUGAUGUCUUUACGAAAAAAAGAGAAAGAAAACGAGAAAAAGAGAAAGAGAGAGAGAGAGGGGGGGGGGAGACAUCGUUCCGAUUCAUAUUGUGCGCCGAAGCGAAGCGUAACCAGAACACACAAUAUUUCUUCUUUUUCGUCAUCGGUAAGAAAAGAGAUCGUAAGAUCCUUCGAAAAGAAAAGGAAGCACGAGGAAAGGGAGGAAAAGCUUUUUUUCUUUCUCUUCUUUUCCUCUCUUCUUAACGCGAGCAAAGGCUGACACGAAGCGAACGGAAGAGAAACGAGGGCAAUUUUCCCUUUCUCUUAUUCUCCGUAUCGAAGGAUAUUCGCAGAAAAUGUAGAAGAGAAGAAUGUCUUCUCUUUUUCUUUUUUUUUCUCUUCUUCUUCUUCCUCCUCCUCUUUUUCUUCUUCUUUUUCUUCCUCCUCCUUCUCUUCUUCUUCUUCUUCUUCUUCUUUCGCACAUCAUUGUACCGUCGGUAGAAGUUGAGGUCCGUUUUACAUUACGGACUGUUCUCUUUUGGAUACUAUUUGUCGAUGAAAAUAAGAGAGCAGAAAAAGGAUAGAAGGAUGGAUAGGCACACCCGGAAGUAGGAUAGUUGACAUUCUUCGUGUCCGUACGGGGACCUAUCUAGUGGAACAAUGACUCCAAGUGGCCUCGACGUAGGCGACCUACAACGAAAGAAAUUUGCAUGCCCUGGAACGGGCAUAAAUCAGAGGAGCAUUGAGAGACCGAGAAAGAGACGGAAAGAUAUCUCGGGUCGAGUCGAAGGCAAGGGAGGACGAAUCACCACCGGCUGCGAAUUUUCGGCACGCAGAAGGAAUCAUUGCGAAAACUGGUUCACGCGAAAGACCGUGCCUCAGGCAGACUUGUAGGACAAAAGCUUUCAAAGAAAUUGUAUCCCGACCGGCUGUGAGUCCAAGAAAUAGAGAGGAUGGAAAUCGGAGAGUUCUCGAAAGAUACGCGCGUUUUGUGAAUUCACGCGCAUAAACGUUGCGUCGAAAAGAUCAUUUCGAACGAAAUAUUACCGAGAACAUAAAUUGAUCGUACCGAUUGAAAAAUAAUAAAUAAUAUGUCAUCCCAUCGACUUAUCUCGCCGAAGAACGAUGAAAAUUCUUUUUCUCUUUAAAAGACUUAAACUUUAACUUUCCACUUACAUUUUGGAAAGCUUGAUAUUCGUAAGUUUGUAUUGUGUGUGAUUUUUGAUAAAUUUACGCGUGUAUUUGUGAAAACAUCGUUUUCGAAGGAGGAAAAUGAUCAACAACAGAAUCUGAAAGUUAUUAUGAGAAAUACAUGGAGUAAGAAAUUUUUUUUCUUUUUUUUUCAAAUCAAAAUUAACGUAAAGGUAUAGGGAAUAACGCGAUUAAGAAAGAAACAAAGAUAUCAUUUUAUGUUUACAAAGCAUUAGAGUUAUAAAGGACCGACGGAACGAUGUCCUUUCAUCUUACUACUUUUACUGUUGCAGAAACUUAUAUACCAGUACAUUCAUCCAAUCGCUUAUCUACUUUUCUCGAUUCUUUCACGAUUUCUCGUUCGUUCAUACUCCUACACGAUUUUUUCAUUCGUACAGUGUCAAUCAUUCACACUUUAUCUAACUAAUGCAUUUAUGUAAUUGUCGUUGGGUUUAACUAAACUCAAUAUAUCGAUUGCAAUAAGUGUUGUAAAUUACAAUCUUAUCAUUGAUAAAAAGAGUUCGAAUAAUCGUCGUAUGCUUGCAACUACAAUUGAUUUGAGUGUGUGUAAUGUGAAUUUUGAAUGUGUUAGUGAAAAUUAAAGAUACAUUAUUUGUUACAUUCGAAAGCAUUAAAUAACGAUAACUAAAAAAAAAAAAAAAAAAAAAAAAAAACAUGAAAGGAAAGAAGAAGAACGUAGAAACGAGAUCAUAUACGAGAGGAGCUCGCUCGAAAGACCGGUUCAUAUAUUCUCUUAUUCCUUUUAAUCUUACACUCGGAUACGUUCGACGAUUCUUAACCACGCUUCAGAACUCGAAACUCAGAACUCCUUGUUGAAGGAGGUCUCUAUUAAAGAGAGGGGUAGAGGAAUCGUACGUAUCAAACGUGAGCGCGUGUUCAUUGUAUUUUCUUUAGGCGAUCGCGUCUAUAUCGUCUUUUUAUCUUUUUUCUUUUUUUUUUUUACCAAACGAAUGCUCGAUUAGAAAGCACGAACGAGAUUAGCGGAGCAACUUCGUACGGUGGACAGGUGAUGGUUAUACAUGGUACACUGCUGUAGGAAAAGACUACUCGGACUGGCUUCGGACCCGUCGAGUUCCUCUUUUUUCUUCUUCUUCUUCUUCUUCUUCUUCUUGGAUAAUGUCACUGUUAGAACUAUGACUUAUCGGAAAGUCGCUGCUGCUAUUAUGAGAGUGCGAGUGAAUACGAAGAAGGAGUGUAACAUCGUGAUAAAAUGAUAGAAAGAAGAUGGCUUAACGAAUUUACUUCUUGCAAGCAUGCUUCGUAACGAUACGACGUUCUUACACGCUCCCCCCGUUGAGAGAAAGAGAACCGGUCCUUUUUCCAACGAUUUGACCACAUAAUCGAGUAAAGUAGCUAAGAAGAUGGAACGUGGUAUCGUGCAAGUAUCAAGCUUCGUUGGAAAUGACGUUCAUGUUCGGUUUUAAUGUUAAAAUACUUACUAUAUAUUGAUAAAAAAAAAAAUAUUUAGAAAAAUAUGAACGUGAAUGUAUUGUAAUGGUAUAUUAUAUACGCUUGAAACGCUUAAAUUUGUGCUCUCUUAGACAAGGAAAUAAAUUUAUUUUUGUUUUUUAUAUAUUCAAUUUUAAAAUCAUCGCUUGAUUAAAUUCAAUUCAAUUUUAUUAUUUCAAGACAUGCAAAGUCCUCGGUUAGAAUAUAUUUUCAAUUUUCAUUAAGGUACGCUCUCUAUAAUCUAAUUAAUCGACGUUUAUAACAAUUAUCGCACGCGUGAUAAUAUUAUUAGAAUAAUCAUUCCUGGAAGCGUUUGAUAUUCGAAAUGGAUAUAACACUUAGUUUUUUUUUUUUUUUUUCAAGCAAAACUGUUCUUGAAAUAAUUCGAAUGCGGAGAAGUUUAAUGAGAUAUUAAGAAAGAUACGCUUUCUUCGCAGUGUGCUAAUUCCGUUCCUAUUUACCGAAACUAUGACUCUACUUCACGGUUGAGUUUAUCGGUACCUUGAGAAAUAAAUUCCUAAUUAAUGGUCGUUAGUUCCAUAUCAGAAAGAAUAAAAUACUGGUAGAUUACGUUCCUGUCGACUCGGAUAGAAAAAAACCGUGUCAAUUGUUUUAUAUUUUUUCUUUAUGUAAAAACAGACCAGAGAAGCCUGAUGAAGUUUAAAGCAAAAUUAAUGACAUUAUAAAAGCGCGGAAGAUACAUAUAUAUACACACACAUAUAUGCAUCUAUCUAUAUAUAUAUAUAUAUAUAAAUAUAUAUAUAAAAAUAUACACAUACACAUUACACAUUACACACACGUCCAAUACACAUUGUAUUUAAGAACAGGAAGAAAGAAAGAAGGAGAGAAAAAAUAUCGUUGCUUGUCCAACACUCGUCAUAAUAAUUAGUUAUUAUCGUUGUUGUCAUUUUCGCUCUCAUUUUAAUGAGGGCAACGAAACUACAUAUAAGUAUUAAUAUCUAUUUGUGUCAAAUAGCUUAUAAUAUUAUACCGUUACAAUGUAUGUGUUAAGACUGGGAUUGUAACGAAUGGAUUUAUGUUGAAUCGUCAUUUACAUCGGUCAAAAAAAUUUUAAUCGUGUCUCUUUGAGCAAUAAGAAUGGACGAAGUAAUUAAUUAGUAAUUUCGUAUCACAAUCCCAGUCACUCUCAAAUAUUUGAUUAUGUACCUACGAUGUAAACUUUAUUGUAUCUAUAUGUAUAUAUAUAUAUAUACAUGUAUAUAUAUAUAUACAUAUACAUACAUAUACAUAUAUGUAACUAUACAUAGUUAUAAUUUUGUACAGCCAAUCCAAAGGAUAAUCGUAUGCACGACGAUAUUACGCGUAUUACAUUAAAUUCGAACAUCUGAGAGAAAAUCGAAAAUCCGUGAUUUUCUUGUGCUACAUCAAAACUAAAAUUAAUUUCGUUUAUGUUUGCAUACUCGCACAUGUUCGAAUCUUUGUAGCGCGUGUCGACGCACGGUACAAAUUCAGACCUUAUGCCUCUAAUUAAAAUAGUAAUGCCACACCGUAAAAUACUCGAAGACAUUCUCGCUACUUAAAUGCGUAGAAUGCCACUCGAAAGAAUUACUGUCGUUUCAUAAGCAUAAUAAAGUUUAUGAGAACUUUCUAAAUUUUUCAUUAUCGUGUUAAACAAUAUUGUUUCAUUAUUUGUCUGUCAUGUUUUUUCUACGUAAAAUAAAAAAAAAAAAGGGAAAAAAAGGAUUAUAAAAAUCAUCGUCGUACGUCGAAUAAAUAUGAAAGAAAAAAAUGAAAAGAUGUACAAAAGAUACGAAUAAGAAAUCGAGUGGCACUGAAUGUAUACUAUGAAACUGACACUACCUCACCAGACACCUAAUAUAUCUCAACCACAAGACUGAUUUUGAAUAGUAUUCCUAUAAAAUAAGAGAUAAAGAAAUAAUAAAAAAAGAAGGAAGCAUAAGAAGCGAGAAGUGGAAUUAUAAAUGAAAUUUUAUUCGUACAAAUAUGAUAUAGACAGUUUUUCUAAAUAAUUUAAGUAUCAAAGGUAUCGAUUAUAUAAUAUUAAUAUUGUCACUGCGUCGCUGCCAAAAAAAGAAAAAAAAAAACAACAAAAAAAGGAACGAAUAACCCAUUCCUAUUGUGAAUACACAGUUGGAGAAAAGGAGAUAGAAGAACAUCCUUUGUAUUAUAAAUCGUUUAUUCGUGAUUUAUCGCCCUGAUUUCCACACAUGUAAUUAAGUUAGUAAAUGUUUCAUCGAGUUGACUGGUCUGUCGAACUAUUUUUAUUAUUAAAACUCACUGUUUAAUCGUU